AUGGCCGAGCAGUUGGUUCUCCGUGGCACCCUUGAGGGCCACUCUGGCUGGGUUACAUCCCUCGCUACCUCUCUCGAGAACCCGAACAUGCUCCUGUCCGGUUCCCGCGACAAGACUCUGAUCAUCUGGAACUUGACCCGCGACGAGACCUCGUACGGUUACCCCAAGAGGAGCCUUCACGGCCACUCCCACAUCGUCUCCGACUGCGUCAUCUCCUCCGACGGCGCCUACGCCCUGUCCUCCUCGUGGGACAAGACCCUCCGCCUCUGGGAGCUCUCCACCGGUGCCACCACCCGCCGCUUCGUCGGUCACACCAACGACGUCCUGUCCGUCUCCUUCUCCGCCGACAACCGCCAGAUCGUCUCCGGCUCGCGCGACCGCACUAUCAAGCUCUGGAACACCCUCGGUGACUGCAAGUACACCAUCACCGACAAGGGCCACACCGAGUGGGUCUCGUGCGUCAGGUUCUCGCCCAACCCCCAGAACCCCGUCAUUGUCUCCGCCGGCUGGGACAAGCUCGUCAAGGUUUGGGAGCUCGCCUCUUGCCGCAUCCAGACUGACCACAUCGGCCACACCGGCUACAUCAACACCGUCACCAUCUCCCCCGAUGGCUCGCUCUGCGCUUCCGGUGGCAAGGACGGAACCACCAUGCUCUGGGACCUGAACGAGUCCAAGCACCUGUACUCUCUCACCGCCGGUGACGAGAUCCACGCCCUCGUCUUCUCCCCCAACCGUUACUGGCUGUGCGCCGCCACCUCUUCCAGCAUCAUUAUCUUCGACCUCGAGAAGAAGUCCAAGGUCGACGAGCUGAAGCCCGAGUACAUGGAGGUUGGCAAGAAGAGCAGGGAGCCCGAGUGUGUCUCCUUGGCCUGGAGCGCCGACGGCCAGACCCUCUUCGCUGGUUACACCGACAACAAGAUUCGCUGCUGGGGUGUCAUGUCGAGGGCAUAA